GUGCAGAUCCGACUUAGUUUUAGUGUCUAAUGUUUUGCUAUUUAUACAGUGAUAUACUCGGUGUUGUAGCAUAGUAAUCGCGUUUAGAACGCCACGACUUUCAAAUGGCUUAUUCUAGCACGUAUGAUUCAGAUGAAAACUUUGAUUACUUAUUUAAAAUUGUACUGAUCGGCGAUGCGGGAGUUGGGAAAACGUGCGUCGUUCAACGAUUCAAAACGGGAGUGUUCACCGAGCGGCACGGUAGUACAAUUGGUGUGGAUUUUACUAUGAAAACACUUGUUCUCGAUGGCAAGAGGGUCAAGCUUCAAGUGUGGGACACCGCUGGACAGGAGCGUUUUAGAACAAUCACACAGAGCUACUAUAGAAGUGCGAAUGGAGUUAUAAUUGCCUAUGACAUCACUAAAAGAGAUACCUUCAAUAAUAUUGAGCGUUGGUUAGCUGAUGUUUCUAGAUAUGCGGGUACAAACAUUGAGAAAGUGUUGAUAGGAAACAAGUCCGAUCUCGCGAACCUUCGUGAAGUCGACCCGGAGGAGGCGUACUAUCUCGCCGAGCAGCACGGGAUGCUCGCUACCAUGGAAACGAGCGCAAAGGAUGCGACGAACAUCGAAGACGCGUUCGUGUCGUUAGCGAGAGUGCUGAAGGAGAACUAUGCGAAGGUUGCGCUGGAGGAACACGCGCAGGGCAUCGUGAUCACCUCAGGAAGUAACGUGUCGUCGAUCGACCGGAGGCUGACCAAUUGUUGCCGAUAGCAACGCUGCAGCGCAUGCGUGUGUGUGGACAGGAGGCUGACCAAUUGUUGCCGAUAGCAACGCUGCAGCGCAUGCGUGUGUGUGGACAGGAGGCUGACCAAUUGUUGCCGAUAGCAAAGCCGCAGCGCGUGCGUGUGUGUGGACAGGAGGCUGAGCAAUUGUUGCCGAUAGCAACGCUGCAGCGCAUGCGUGUGUGUGGACAGGAGGCUGACCAAUUGUUGCCGAUAGCAACGCCGCAGCGCGUGCGUGUGUGUGGACAGGAGGCUGAGCAAUUGUUGCCUAUAGCAACACCGCAGCGCGUGUGUGUGUGUGGACAGGAGGCUGAGCAAUUGUUGCCCAUAGCAACACCGCAGCGCGUGCGUGUGUGUGGACAGGAGGCUGA